UAGGUUGAUUCUUUGAGGGACAGCUGUUGAGAGAAACGUUUACGUAUAGCUAAAUACCGACAGUGGUUUUACCUGUUUAGGGACCUAUAAUUUGUCUAUGACACGACAUAUACUUCUUCAUUAGGUAUUCAGCUUUUAAAGGGAUGAAAAGGCUCAAAAGGAAGAAACAAAACGCAGGAGUUGGGGUGAAUGGGAAUGGAUCUGUCACGAGAGAACCAGAUUGUGGGAGGAAACAGAAGCUGGCUGAGAUCCAUCAGGCUUUGAUCAGUGAUCCAGUGGACAUUGAAACCCUGAGGAGAGCAGCAGCCAGUAAAGGAGGGCUGCUCACUGAUGAACUGAGGAGGAAAGUCUGGCCCAAACUGCUGAACAUUAAUGUGUACGAUCUACCAUAUAAACCUGGUCGAGAUGUGAGGGAGAAACACAAGGACUACAACCAAGUAGUCCUGGAUGUCAGGAGGUCCAUGAAGCGGUUCCCUAAAGGUAUGCCAGCCGCGGAGAGAGCCGUGCUUCAGGAGCAGAUGACUGACAUCAUACUGGAGGUUUUGAAACGCACCCCUCAGCUCCAUUACUACCAAGGCUACCACGAUGUGGCCGUCACUCUGCUGCUGGUAGUUGGGGAGCGGAUGGCCCUCGCCAUGCUGGACACUCUGUCCAAUCACCAUCUCAGGGAUUUCAUGGAUCCUACCAUGGACAGCACUAAACACAUUUUGAACUACCUGAUGCCUAUAUUGGAACAGGUUGAUGAAGAACUACAUGACUUCAUGAUUAGAGCGGAGGUGGGAACCAUCUUCGCACUGUCCUGGCUCAUCACAUGGUACGGCCACGUGCUGUCAGACUUCAAACACACCAUGAGACUCUACGACUUCUUCCUGGCCUCACACCCACUGAUGCCCAUCUACCUCGCCGCUACGAUUGUGUUGCACAGAGAGAAGGAGGUGAAGAAGACAGAGUGCGACAUGGCCAUGGUCCACCACCUCCUCUCCCGCAUCCCCCAGGACCUCCCAUACGAACUUCUGAUUGGCCAGGCCCAGGACCUGUUCGACCAGUAUCCUCCAUCUCUACUGGCAAAGCAGGCAGCACUGCAGUCUCGCAAGAGUCUGUCCAUCAGCACCUUCCAGGCGUUUCAGUUUGCCACCCUCCACCAGAGGCCUGACUCUGUUCUCCAACGCCUCACCAAGGCCCAGGGCUCCACCACCUCCAGACAAGCCUCUCAACACUCAGGUCUGGAAGCAGCUUUGCCCCGAGACCGAGGCCAGAUGUGGGGGAAGGGGAACAGGAUGGUGAAGAUGGCAGUGUGGGGGCUGUCUGCUACGCUCGGGGCGGCCGUGUUCGCCGUGGCUCAGACAGCUAUGGACUGGGGACCUGAGGUGUUACUGCAACUGUUCUGACCUGGCCGGGGUGAUUUAAACUGUUAGACACAAACUGACAUAUGGGGACAGCAGACACACAUCUGCUCUUCAGAUGGAUUAACAAUGAACAAAAUUACAUACACAAACAGAGACGAUGAAGCCUUGAAGCUUCAAGCUGCGUAGAGGAAACGUUGGUAAAAGCAGGAGGAGGUCAGUUAUCUUGGUGCCAAACAGGUUGUUGCUACUCAACCACAAUGAACAUAUGUCGACCACCAGGCAGCCUCGGGAUGUGUGUGCAUGUGUGCGAGCGGGUGAAUGUGAGUUGUAUGCGUUUGAGCGGGUAUCCCAGACUUUAUACCGCAUGUGAGCAUGCAUGGAUAACUUAAAGAGCCUACCGGGCCCUCCGACCUCUUUGGCCCAUGGGCCAGGGCCUCUGUGUGAAGUGACAUUUCUUUUUGAAAAAGAGACAGAAAACGACCACAAAACAACCAAAAAGGAGAUGCAAAAAACCCAAAGAGACACAGAACAAUGACAAUAAACACAAGAUUACAGCAAAGGGUGUGAAUCGAAAUCAAAAUGAUUCAGUACAACCAUAAAGAGAUGCCAAAAGACUAAAAAUAGACCACAAAGAUAUAAAAAGAGAUGACUAAAAGACAAAACAACUGCACAGACUUGAAAUGACCACAUAAAGAUGCAACACGACCGCAAAGAGACUUAAACCGACCGUAAAGAGAUGUAAAAUGACUACAAAGAGAUGCAAAAUGACUACAAAGAGAUGAAAAAUGACUACAAAGAGAUGUAAAAUGACUACCAAGAGAUGUAAAAUGGCUACAAAGGGAUGCAAAAUGGCCACUUAAAGAUGCAAAACAAUCACAAAGGGAUGAAAAACAACUACAAAGAGACAUAUAUCUCUCUCUCCGUUCGGGUGGGUUGCUCCUAUGUUCGAGGGCUGGGGGGCUUUUACAUGUUUGUGCUCAUUGUCUCAUUAUCCAUAAAUGCAUGUGAGACAUUUAACAUAUCUUGUUUUUUUUAGGCUGUUGCUCACACGGUACCAGCAGUGUAACAUUUUACAUGUGUUUUUGUGCGUUCGCUGACUCUUUUGCUGACUCAUUUUUAGACUUUCAUGCUUGUUUUAUUGCCUUUCUGUUGAUGGUGUUUUAGUGCGCUUGUUGGAUCUGCAGCCAUAUCUGAAAAGUGCCCAUAGCUAGCACGAUGACACAUGAAUACAAAUUAUUAAAGGGCGGUGUUUUCUGCUGAAAGCUUCCAGUUAUGAGCAAAAAAAAAAGGAGAGCGGAAGAGAAAAGAGGCAAAGAUGGAGGGAGAGUUCUUUCCUGUGAGCCACGAGUAUUAAUGACUUUGCUCUAGGUGUCAGCAAGUUACAUUUACAGUAGAGAUUGACACACAAAACGAGUUGUUGCUGCCCCAAAAAUGUGAACAUUACACACGUUUAGCACGCUGUACUCAAUGCAAGCAGUGGGCCUACGGCAGAUGCAUUUUGCAGGACGUAUUGAAAUACAUAUUUUUUUAAUAUGUUAUUUUUAUAUUUACUGUUGCAGUUUUCUGGCUGUUGUGUUGUGAAGGGGAAGACACAAGUACUUGUACAUUCUUCAAAUAUUUAGCAGGUUUGCGCCAACAUCCACCCUGAGCAGCCGUCAACAGAACAUCACAUUUCUAUUUCGCUUUUUUUAAGCUACUGUGAUUAUUUUAACAUAUGCAUUUAACAAGAAGAAAUUGUCUUUUUAUUUCUCAAUUAUUGGAAGAGGUUAAGUACCUGCAUCACACACCCUGUAGAUAUUAAUAAAGCAAAUAUUUUCUUUGAGUUUCAGUGCCUGAAAACUGAAUAUUAAUAAUAGAGGCUGUUUCAAACUGAGUUGCAUACAUAUGUACACGGCACGGGGCUUCUCCAAACAGCAAUGCAUGCUCUGUGUGUCGACUUAUAUUCUGAAAUAUUUAUCGGCUUUUACUAGCAUGUUGCCGAGUUCCAUCUGUUAACACAACUUCAGCGGAGUCACAACACUCUCAUUCCUCCUCUUCCUCCUCUUCCUCCACCAUCAGUUAUACGUGUAUGUCGGAUUGGAUGUAAAUUUGAACCUGUUGAUUUUAUUUGCUCUGUAGCACAUGAAUUCAACUGGUGUGUGCUUUGUCGUGUACAAAAUCAUAGUACUAAGAGAGAAAGUCACAUUUCUAGGAUUACAGAGCUGAGUAGUUAACAAACCAAUUAAUCGAUCACUCUAUCAAGUAGUAAUCAGGCAUUUUAUUAGAGGGUCAAUAAACCAAUUGAUAAACUCAGGUAGUCGGUGGGCCUGCAAGCCAGUUAGGAUUCAGACAUCGAGUCCGUCAGUAUGCUGUGGUGGUUGUUCGAGUAGCCUUUGCAUGUUUCUCUCGUCAGUCUGACAAGCUUGCAUCAUGUAAAACAUCAUGUGUGCGUGUCCGAUUUGAUUAAAUGCAAUGUGUGUGUGUGUGUGUGUGUGUGUGUGUGUGUGUGUGUGUGUGUGUGUGUGUGAGAGAGAGAGAGAGAUGGAAAACGUUAGCUUUAGUCACAGGUCAGUUUCUUUUUAAAUCGCUGGGCAUCUUGUGUGUUUUUUUUCUUAUUAUUUUGUGCUCAAGGUACCGCCACAUUAACUGCCAACAGUCUUAAUUAUUUAUUUUAAGAGCAACAAUCUGAUUAGCUAUUUAUGUAAUGGUUACAUUUACUUAUUUAUUUUAUAAAUGUGUAUUUAAAAUGAACAUGUGGCCAGUAAACAGAUUAUUGAGGUUUGUAAUCCGCAAUCAAUUUGAGGGUUUAUAUGUUUUAAAGGUGAUGGUGCAUGGUCCGCAUUGACAUGAAACAGUUUCAUUAUAAUAGCAGUUUUUGCAUGUAAUAUUUGCUUACAGUUGAUUGGCUGCCUAUGACAUAAAUAUGCAGGGAACAAUCCUUUGACCAGGGUCUGUGAUGUUCAAACACAAGUCAAGAUGCUACUGUGCAGUUGUAUUAUUAGUGCCAUGCAGACCUACACACACAUACAGUACACACACUCAUACAGGGAGAGAGCGGUGUUGGUGCCAGAUCAUAAUGAGGAUUUAAUUCCUGCCCCUGGCUCUUGGCGUGCUUAAGACACUUUCUCCUUGUCUUUUUUUUCUCCUUCUCACAUUCACAUUCACACUCAAACACCUACACCUACACCUGCACUGGUCUCAGUCUGACAGAGGCCUUACAUGAGAAAUGAUUGAAGCAUGUUACUUGGUUUGAAUGAAACCAACCGAGAUGUAAAAAAAUAAAAAUAAGAUGGAUGCUGAAGACCCAAAACAAACAAAGAGGUAUAGGGCUGUAACAGUCAAAAAGUUUACAUAGAAAAUAGAAGAUAAAUAAUUUAAUCUGACUAUAGUGCAGUGAUUUACUUUUAUUAGCUCUGUUGAUAAUAUUUCACAUUUAAUCAAUGCUUUUUAGUUUCAUGUAUUAUCUUUGUGUCUCACUUGAUAUCAGCCCACAUCUGCAAAUAUUUUGAGACUACUUUGCACUCCACCUAUCCAUUCUGCCAAAAAAUGGAAAAACAAAUUCCCAUAGAUGAUUAAUCCAAUCCUUUCUAUAAUUUGGACAAAUCUGCUCUGUUUUUAAUGUUGAUUAUGAAUCGAGUGAAGCAUCUUUUGAAACACAGACAUUCAAAACAAAUACUAAUUUUGCUGCUGUUGAAUUAUUCAUCAAAUGAAUUUGAACAAACUAAAAUUACAUAAAAUGAGAAAUAAAGGAAUAGGAGUUAUUUCAAUAAAUGGAUGCAGUGGAUGUGAUUUCACAGCUACUCUUUCAAUUAAAACCAAAAACACACUUCCUGUACAUCAAAAUAACUUGAAUUUUAGGGUAAAUUAUGAGUUCACUGUUGUGUGAUGAACAGCCUGAAUUUGAACUCUGUGAGUUUGUGUCGAGCCUCUCGUGACUGCUCUUGUCCUCCCCUCAAGUCCAGGAAUAUCCCAAAUGACAUAAUCGUACCAAAUGCUUUUAGAGAAAAUAAUGUAAGCCCUUACUUUGUGUAUGUAUGUAUUAUUUCUCUGGGCAUUUUAAUGCAUGCUUUUCAUAUCAUGACAUUUUAGGUUCUUUGCACCUUGUACUUAAACUGCGGUUGCAAAGAGACAUAACUAUGACAUUGACAUAAAGCUGUUUUUGUAUAUGAGGUAAACGGUGAAUAAAUGAUAAAGAAAACA